AUGACUUCCGUCGAUGCUGACCUACAUGCAUCUUUCGAGUCACAUCGAUCUCGUGUUCUACAACUCAAGCGAAAUUGUCUUGUCAAACUAUUCGAGCGAGUCGAAGUCUCACCUGACAGCACGGAUCGUGAAGAACUCGAGGACGUCUGGUACGAACCGUGGCCGCAUAGCUUGGCUGGUGAUAUGCCUUUGUCGAUCACUAGUAGCCAGGACUUCGACUCGUUGAUCCAUGAUGGUACAAAGGCACCCAGGUCUGAAGAAGAACGUCUGCAAGCGUUCACCAAGAUCGAAGUAUGGCUUCAAAAUCGUGCCGCGCAGCAUUCGAAACCAGGACCUUUGACUCUCCCUGACGAUUUCAAGCAACUCUGUGCUUUGACAGACUUGAUUGAAGGACCAGGACUUCCCUUGACCUGUUCCGACAUACCUCAGGCAUUUGGCGGACUGGCUGUGCCCCUCAUUUCGCUGGGACUUAAUGCUGAACGCUCGAAUUACACGAAAAGGGCUACUGGUGUGGACCUUCUUGAAUACGAGGCCACGGUAAUUUUGACCAUGGGUCAAGUGGACGCUCCUAUUGCUGGUGGCACUUGGCUGUGUUGGCUUAGGGACGACACAGACACAUGGAAGUGGACAUGGGUCAGUCGUCUGGGAACAGUAGAGCCACCGCAUAUCUUUGAAGACGUUAGAGAGCUAUUGGAUGGGUACUGCAAGACGUACUUGAAUGUCCUUCUGCGUGCUUACGAGGAUAUCGGUGAGGACGAGAUGCUGUAA